UCUCAGUGAAAGAGCAAUGACAAAAGUGCAUUCGGCCGAACAGUAAUAUUAGAAAAUCUGAGUGUGGGUUCCUGGACCCAGGAAGCAAGCGAUCCUGCGAGGCUUGAAGAUGUCAUCAGCCAGUGUCAGAAGAUGUGGAGCGACGAAUGUGACGAAUUUGACGGAUGCGGUUGCGUGUUCGUUCCACCGCCGGAGUGGCGAAGUUGAAGUGGGUGGGACAAAAAGGAAAAAAAAAUGACCCGAGGCUGACUCGAGUUGCGCUCUGCCUAUUGAAUCAGGCUCCUCCCAAAAUUUCUUCAGAUAGGAAUUAUCAAGGGAGUUUAUAACUCGUGACCGUGACUUAUGCCAGAGUACGCUGUGAACCAUGUUGUGACAGUUUUGUAAGAUAUGCUGCACGAGGAACGACAUUUUUCUUUUGAUCUGCAAACAGGCGUUUACAAAAGCUUAUAGUUAAGUAUGUUGGGUGUGAUAACAGCCGGUAAACAAGACAAACAACUUGUAGGCUCCUUCCUGGUUUGUUCAUUUCUGUUGUAACGCGCAAUAUGUUAUGGGGACGCGGACGGGCGCUGAUCUUUGUUGGACGGCCGGUGGGUGGACGAACAUAGCCUGGCUCUGUAUGUCUGACGCAUUGUAACCUCGAACUGUGGGCUACAUUAAUAGCCUCUCACGCAAUCCGCUAGCUCCUUCCGGGGGAGUUCCGCAUACGAUAUUACUGCUGAAGGAGAAUGGCAGUCUGCGGGAACAUCGCACUUCGUUUUACGUAGUGCCCAUAGUUGCGAUUUUCGUUGUUUUUCAUCAUUCGUGAUGGACAUAAUACUUAAAAGGCAGGUUAUGGCUCGCUAACAGGCGUGGCAUUCCCCCCGUUGCUUUGUGUUGGAAAAAAAUGUCGAAUAUAUUAAACGCAGCGCGUAAAGUUCACUGGCGUCGGUCUGCUGCGUUAAGACGGGCAGCGCUUCUCGCGGCCGCUGCAUAUGGGGUAAAAACACUGUACCCCAUAAUCUGCAAACAUGUCAUAAACAAACAGAGAGACCCAAAUCGGACCUCGAAUCCAAACGCUGGCGAGGAAAGCGGAUUGAAUUUGGCAUCUGAGGCAGUCAACGGGGUCGUCCGCAGCAAAAAGUCGCCCGGAGUAAAUAAAGAAUUUUUCAAGCAGAUACUGGGACUCUUAAAAAUACUUUUCCCAAAGUUAAUAACGAAGGAGUUGGGGUUGCUAUGUCUGCACUCGCUCGCCUUGAUUUCACGGACGUUCCUGACUAUCUAUGUGGCUGUGCUGGACGGCCAAAUAGUCAAAACCAUCGUGGAGAAGGAACCCCGGAGUUUCGUUAUGAUGCUGAUGAAGUGGCUUCUGAUUGCCAUCCCGGCCACUUUCGUGAACAGUGCGAUCCGUUACCUGGAGUGCAAGCUCGCCUUGGCCCUGCGCACACGCUUGGUGGACCAUGCAUACGGAACCUAUUUCGCUGACCAGACGUACUACAAGGUCAGCAACAUGGACGGUAGGCUGACGAACCCGGACCAGUCCCUUACCGAGGACAUCAUGAUGUUUUCGCAGUCGGUGGCGCAUUUGUACUCGAACCUCACCAAACCCAUCCUGGACGUCAUUCUGACUGCAUACACGCUGAUACAGACAGCGAGGUCCCGUGGAGCCAACCCCGGCGGACCCACACUGCUGGCGGGACUUGUGGUGUUCGCCACCGCCAAGGUCCUGCGGGCUUGCUCCCCGAAAUUUGGGAAAUUGGUGGCGCAAGAAGCGCACAAGAAGGGCUAUCUCCGUUACGUGCAUUCCAGGAUCAUUGCAAACGCGGAGGAAAUCGCGUUUUACCGGGGACACACGGUGGAGCUGCGGCAGUUGCAGAAGUGCUACGCGACGCUUGCGCAACAGAUAAACCUCAUCCUCUCCAAACGCCUGUGGUACAUAAUGCUGGAACAGUUCCUCAUGAAAUACCUGUGGAGCGCCAGCGGACUCAUCAUGGUCGGGGUGCCAAUCUUAACAGCCGCAGGCUUUGCUGACAGUGAGCAAGUGGACGGGCAGAAGCAGGUGCGCGUCAGCGACAGAACGCAGGCUUUCACCACGGCGCGCAACCUGCUUGCCUCCGGAGCCGACGCCAUCGAGAGGAUCAUAUCUUCGUACAAAGAGGUCACGGAGCUGGCAGGCUACACGGCUCGUGUGCACGACAUGCUGCUGGUGUUCAACGAGGUGCAGAGGGGGGUGUACAAGCGUGCAUCGCAUUCCCAGAAUCCCGCUGGGCAGGAAGAGGUUACGGCCAGGCCUGCGGGACACAUUGAGGGCCCUCUGGAGAUCAAAGGGAAGGUUAUUGAUGUGGAGAGAGGCAUCGUGUGUGUGAACGUUCCGAUAAUCACCCCUACUGGGGACGUAAUUGUGUCCAGCUUGGACUUUAAGGUGGAGGAGGGGAUGCACCUCCUCAUCACAGGGCCCAAUGGCUGUGGGAAGAGCUCUCUGUUCCGUGUGCUCAGUGGGCUGUGGCCAGUGUACAGAGGUCUGCUGUACAAACCACCUCCCCACUGCCUGUUCUACAUCCCACAGAGGCCCUACAUGUCUGUGGGGACUCUGCGGGAUCAGGUGAUCUACCCGGACAGCGUGGAUGACAUGCACAGGAGGGACUACGGUGACCAGGAUCUGGACACCAUCUUGGACCUGGUGAACCUCAACCACAUCCUCACGCGCGAAGGAGGUUGGGACGCGGAGACGGAUUGGAAGGACGUUCUGUCCGGCGGGGAGAAGCAGAGGAUGGGAAUGGCCCGCAUGUUCUAUCACAAGCCAAAGUAUGCCCUUCUGGACGAGUGCACGAGUGCCGUCAGCAUCGACGUGGAGGGGAAGAUCUUCCAGGCUGCAAAGGAUGCUGGGAUUUCCCUCCUGUCCAUUACGCACCGGCCGUCCCUCUGGAGGCACCACACCCACCUCCUGCAGUUCGACGGCGAGGGGGGCUGGCGGUUCGAGCCCCUGGACACGGCCACGCGCCUCACCCUGACCGAGGAGAAGCAGCGUCUGGAGACCCAGCUGGCGGGAAUUCCCAAGAUGCAGCACAGACUGAGCGAGCUGUGCGGCAUUCUGGGAGAGGACUCGGUGCUGAAGCAAUCGGCCAGCUCCGGAGAGCGAGUGAGCGAGUGAGAGAAAGAGAGAGAGGGAGAGAGAGAGGGAGAGAGAGAGAGAGAGAGCAGGAAGAAUUACUUUUUAAUUCACCACAUGGACAUCUAUUUUUAAUAUCGAAUAACAAACAUCAGUAAUCAAUAUCAAAUCCGCUUAUUCAUUAGUUUAGAGCUGUUCUUUUCAUUGCCAGAAACUGGAUACCACUUACCAACUAUUAUAUGCUGUGAUAAUGACAUAAUCGCAGUUAGCGCACACACAGUAAACGUUUUUAGCCAUUUUAUUUACCUCAUAACGAUGAAUAUAAACCGUCUAUCUUUUAAAUUGUGAAAUAUAUUUUCGAGGUAAUUUUAAAGAUUAUCAUCUAGUUUAUGUUCUGAAGGACUUGCUUUUAGUCUUCCUACACCCUGAGGUUUAUAGAAAUGCCCGAAAUGUUACAAAUUUUAAAGGAAUUAGUUUAUUGUUUUGGUUUACACUUGAGUUGUGUGCCUUUGAGUUGAAGGCAGUUAAUGUUGAAUUAUAGAGGCCUUAAGGCAGGGAUGUCAAACUGAAUUCCCAGGGGGCCGCAGUGGUUUCCUUCCAAUCAGCUGUCAAUGAAGGCCUUGAGAACAAGACGUGUGGAUUCUGUUAGCCAACCGAUGACUUGAAUGAACCACAGGUGCCGAGAACAUCCCAAAAAAACAGCAGACACUGCGGCCCUCCAGGACUGGAGUUUGACACCCCUGCCUUCAAGGGCUUGAGAUGCUGCUUGCUCCUGUUGACUGAAAAGCAGUGGUGGAGAAUCCAGGUCCUGAAAGUAAAAAUCCUCCCCAGUAUUUUGUACCAACCACCUGGAUUUCCCUCACAACUCUCCAUCCAGGAAGUGGAACUAAUGAGUGAAAUCAGUUUUUCUUUUUUUGGGGGGUUUGUGGGUGGAGGAAACGCACGGCAGGUCUUUCACUUUGUGACCCCUGGACUUUCCACCUCUGCGGUAGAGUUCUGACGUGGUGUGACUCUUGAACGAGUUCUAGACGGGUUCCAGGUAAAGGACAUGAUCUUUCAAUGUUUCUGCAAUGUUUGAAACGGCACGACGAUGUUGUGACUCGGUAAACCGAGGGGUUGAUGCAGAGACGACAGUUAAUUAGUCUGUUAUUAGAUAUGUUAGCAAGGACACAGUAUUUAUACAGCCAAAAUGGCGGAUUUACCCAUAAUGCACCGGGUGUCAGGUUGAAUUAUGGAAAUGCCAAUAUCACUGUAUAUUAUAACAUAUACAUGUGGUUAGGUGCUUAUAACAGAAAAUGCAGUGAAAACGUAUCAUAACUGAAUGCUCUUACUGUAAAAACACUGCCAAAAUCUCAAAUUGUACAGUCCGAUACUGCAUUAACCUGUAUCUGUAUUACACGCAAAAGUUGUAACUUUGACACACACCGUGUUGACAAUAACCCAGAAACUGUAACACAGAAAGUGUGUCGGAUAUUAACACGCCCUUAUUGAGCGUGGAUGUUGUUGUACAUUCUCAAACGUCAGGUCACACGCCUUUCAGCGUGCAGCUGGUGUUGCCCUUGUGUUGGCGUCUCUUUCAGUUCCCGGUAUGAACACGUUUGGCUGCAUUUUAGCAUAUAAUGGUUCACUUAUUCACUUAAGCUUCCCUUGUUUCGUGGGCCAGGAGCUUUUGACAGUCCGGGUCCAGUGCGCUAAUGCUACGCUGCUACCCGUGUCGGGGGCAGAGCCGCUGCCUUAUUCGCUGUCCUUGCUGUCAGCGUCAGCCAAUGAUUGGUUUGGAGAGGACCCUGGAAUCGGGUUAACGAAUGCUGCACCUUCAUUUUAAACGAAUGUUAACCACUGCCAAACAACUUCUCACUCGGACUGACCUGUGCGGAUAUAAAUUUGUAUUUUUUGAGAAUAAAGACACUUGUAAAAAAAUAUAUAUAUAUUUUGCUGGAAUGGAUGAGGAGAUGGUAUUUCAUGUAGUGCUGCUCUACAUGCACACGUGCACACACACACACACGCACACGCACACUCACACACACACACACACACACAGAUGCAGACACACACACACUUCCCAACAGAAAGCAUAUAGGUUUUCGGGAAGAUCUGAGUCCAGUCCUCAGUUUUAUUGUAUAGGGUCUGCGGGGUUGUCAAGUAUUGUAACCUCGCACUGUGGGCUACAUGAAUUGGCUCUCACGCAAUCUGCUAGCCUUUUCCUCUCGUCCCGUGUUCAAUAUUAUGGCUGAAUUAUUGCUGAAUGGCAGCCUGCAGUGACAUCACACUUCUUCUUACAUAGCACCCGUCUGUCUAAUGCACCCGGGUGUAUAACGGCCGUCUGUCUAAUGCACCCGGGUGUAUAACGGCCGUCUGUCUAAUGCACCCGGGUGUAUAACGGCCGUCUGUCUAAUGCACCCGGGUGUAUAACGGCCGUCUGUCUAAUGCACCCGGGUGUAUAACGGCCGUCUGUCUAAUGCACCCGGGUGUAUAACGGCCGUCUGUCUAAUGCACCCGGGUGUAUAACGGCCGUCUGUCUAAUGCACCCGGGUGUAUAACGGCCGUCUGUCUAAUGCACACAAGUGGGGCUUCCAGGGCACUGGCUACACCAGUCCGUCCACCCGUUUCCCCAGGCAGGUACAUGUGACGUGUCACACCCUCACAUCACAUGUUUUUGACUGAAACGUACGCCCGAGGUGAUUGACGUGUUCUUUCUACGUCUAUAACGGACCACACCCAUCUUACAGGUAUGGCCGGGCAAGGAUCGUCUGUCUCGUGAUACCUUCUUUUGUUACAGCGCAACGUGUUGUUUAUUUUGUCAAAAUGACACUCGGGUUUUAAUGGUUCUCUGUCCCACUCUCAGAAAUAAAGGUACAGAAAGUGCCUGAAAAAGGUACAAAUGCUUGUACUGGGGCAGUACCCUACAGGUACAUGAAUAAUUAUUACUACCAUAUAACUACACUGUAAAACCCAAGAGUUAAGUUACCUCAAAUGGCUUUUUAAAUUGAGUUCUAAUGAUGUGGGCUCUUAUGACCACUCAGUUCAUUUAGAAACACUGGCAUUUAUGUUUUACAGUGCGUAAUAAAAAGCUUGCAGUGCA